GUGGCAAAAAAGGUACGGGCAAUCAUCAAGCUACAACUGGAUGCGGGCAAAGCCACGCCAGCCCCUCCAGUCGGUCCCGCAUUGGGUCAACACGGCGUCAAUAUUAUGGCGUUCGUAAAGGAAUACAACGAGCGCACGGGAACCCAGUCAGGCACCAUCGUACCCGUUCAUCUCACCGUGUACGAAGACAGGUCCUUCACCUUCAUUACACGAACGCCACCGGCAUCGGAUCUGCUGCGCCGGGCGGCAGGAGUAGCCAAAGGGCAAGGAGAAAAUUCGGGCGAACCAGCGAUUAAUCCGGGGAGACAAAGCGCAAUGCCAAAACAUAGCCGACGUUACAACAAUGUAGCCGAACGGGUCCCCGAGGAAUCGGUGUACCAGCCCCACGAAGCAGUGGACUUGAUCCGGGAACUCUCCACCGCCAAAUUUGACGAAACUAUAGAAGUGCAUCUGCGCACCAACGCCGAUGUACGGCACGCGGAACAACAGGUGCGCGGCGUUACCGUCCUGCCCCACGGGCUGGGCAAACAGGUACGCGUCCUGGUUUUCGCCAGCGGCGAGGCCGCGGACAUUGCCCGUCAGGCCGGAGCCGACUACGUCGGUGACGACGAACUGAUCGCGCAAGUAGAAGGCGGCUGGCUGGAGUUCGAUGUCGGAUUGGCCAUUCCGGAAGUGAUGUCUAAAAUCGGACGCCUGGGCCGCAUUCUCGGGCGCCGCGGCCUGAUGCCCAAUCCCCGUACCGGUACUCUGGUACAACCUCGGGAUUUGCCACGAGUUAUCCAGGAAUCCAAAGCAGGACGGCUGGAGUUUCGCACCGACCGCACUGCGAUCAUUCACGGUCAGUUCGGAAAAUCAUCGUUCGAACCCGACAUGUUGAUGGAUAACCUAACGGUUUUCAUGGAUUCCGUGAUGCGCGAACGUCCCGAUGCGGUCAAAGGCCCUUUCAUCAAAUCGGCGUAUAUCACGUCCUCCAUGGGUCCUGGCAUCGCCGUCGACGCAACCGCACUGCAGGCGUUGAAGCCGGAGUAA